AUGGAAUCAACAGGAAUUACUAGAAAAUCUUUGAAUGAAUUUACACCACCUCAAAAACGUAUUACAUCUGUGUCAAACAAUAAUAUACCUCAAAAACUCAUGAAAGUUCAACAUUUCUCAAGCAAGACAGAUUAUAAUGAAAAUAGACAGGGUCAUGUUCAACAACGCUGUGUAUUAUGUCGUUCGAAACAAGUUCGAAAACAAACUAUCUAUUUUUGUCGGACAUGUCCUGAUAAACCUGCUUUGUGUUAUCCAGACUGUUUUGAUGCAUUUCAUAACAGCGGUCCCCAGGAGGUUAAUCAACAUGAUAAAUCAGAUUCAUAUGAUAUUGGUUCUUUAAAAAGUAUUCAUUCAGUUGAAACAUUAAUUGAUGAUUCUCAAAUGACACAAAAUCGUUCAAGUAUUGAUGAAAAAGAAAGAUCUUUUAUUGAUUCAACAUCCAAUGAUGAUCGAAAUGAACCAAUAACAUGUAAUUAA